AUGCUUCUCGUUCUUAAUGUUUUCCUCCUCCUCCUCCUCCUCCUCCUCCUCCUCCUCCUCCUCACCAACACCUCCUCCUUCUCCUUCGCAUGCCCUUCACCCUGCUUCUCCCCUACUCCUCCUCCCCCCUCAUCCUCCUCUCCUCUUCGCCUUGCUCUUUCUUCUUGCAUCUUGCCUUCGAGCGAUCCAACUAUCUUGUCCUACUUUUGCAAAAAGCCCGAGUGCAUAAAUUACUUUUCAUUGUUUCGUGCUGCUCGCCCAAUCUGUCUUUCUCUUUUCAUAUAG